ACGCGUUAAUUUGAAAAGUAUCGAGCAAUUCGCUGCAAUAACAUAAAUUUCUUCUCUAGACAAGGUUAUUGUGUGUGUUUGGAAAAAAUAUAUUUCGAUCUUGAAAAUAUAAAAUAAAUAGAUAAAAUUAUCAAAAUGUCGGCCACGGAUCAAAUGAGGGCAAUGCUUGAUCAAUUAAUGGGCACAACUCGAAAUGGAGAUGAUGGACGCGGUCUUAAAUUUUCUGACGCCCGUGUGUGUAAAAGUUUUUUGCUUGAUUGUUGUCCCCAUGAUAUUCUUGCAUCAACUCGCAUGGAUCUUGGAGAGUGUCCAAAAGUUCAUGAUUUGGCAUUUAGAGCUGAUUAUGAAAGCGCUGCGAAAUCGCAUGACUUUUACUAUGAUAUUGAGGCAAUGGAGCAUUUACAGGCUUUUAUUGCCGAUUGUGACCGUCGUACAGAAUCUGCUAAACAGCGACUUAAGGAAACACAGGAGGAAUUAACCGCUGAGGUGGCUGAAAAAGCAAAUGCAGUACAUGCAUUAGCUGAAGAAAUCGGCAAAAAACUGGCUAAGGCUGAAGCACUUGGAGAAGCAGGAGAAGUUGAAGAAAGUAUGUCUUUGAUGAAGGAAAUAGAUGAAUUGCGAACUAAGAAAAUUAAAGCAGAACACGAAUAUCGCACAUCAAUGCCUGCGUCAACUUACCAACAGCAAAAGUUGCGAGUAUGUGAGGUCUGUUCUGCCUAUUUAGGUAUACACGAUAAUGAUAUUCGACUAGCUGACCAUUUCGGUGGUAAGUUGCACUUGGGAUUCCUCACUAUUCGUGAAAAGUUGGUAGAAUUGGAAAAAACUGCAGGUCCACGGAAAGCAGAGCUGAAGCGUAGCGGAAAAAUUAAUGAACGCGGUGAUGAUAGACAAAGAUCGAGAUAUUUUGUAGGUGGUCGCGAAUUAGAUCGACGUUCUCGUGUACAUAGGUCCAGAUCUAGGGACCGAGCACGUCGUAACGAUCGUGGAGGUGGCGCAAGUAGUUCUGAUAAUAGAUCCGAGAGACGGUCAGAAAAGGACAAAGAAAGGGAAAGGGAGAGGGAUCGUGACCGACGUGCAAAUGCAGCUUCUCCUGUAAGGGAAGAAAGAAAACGAUCAAGAUCGCGUUCCCGUGCACAUAACUCCAGUUCUAGACGGAGGUCACAUUCUCGGGAACGUCAUCGUCGUUAAAAAUAGAAAUAUUUUGGAGAACGGAAAUGGAACUGUAUCCAACAACAUCAUCAUAUGAUUUUAAUGUGUACAUGACGAUUCCGGUAGCACGUAUGUAAUUAAUAAAAAUAUUUUCCGCAUUUUAUUAUGUAACUAAUCAUAAAUUCGAUUGAAUGUUUUCUUUUUGCGAUUUCUUGAAUAAAAUCUCUUUCUCGAUUAUAGAAAAAUAUCAUAUACCACCAUUGUUCAGAUUUUGGUAUGUAAAAACUUAUUGCUUAUAAAAUAAAAUAUAAGUACGAAAACAGUAAACUUAUCUAGGUAAACUAAUGACUGACCAGAACUGUAAGCUGAAUGGACUAUUUCAGACCCAGGUGUCACGAAAGAGCGUGGUCUUAUGAGUUCAGUACUUAUGGUUCACAAAUUCACAUUCUAAUUAAAAUGAUUUGUCUUGGUACAUAUUUUACUGAUGCAUUGUCACCGGCUACCUAAUUGAACUUAAACCAAAUUCAACAUAGUAUCCUCUUUCCUGGGAAUUUGGGUAUGUAUUUGAAGUAAAACAGUUAUUUGAAAAUAACUGAGUUUUUUUGUAGCCCCCCCAUCUAUGAAUAUUAUUAUGGUUGGGAAAUGAAAUACCCGUCUUAUUGCGUAUAGACUUUUUAACAACCUAUGGACAAGAUAAAUCUAAUAUAUGUUACAUUACAAUUGGCCCUGGUAUGUAUUUAAGUAUGUAUUUUGUACGACUUUUCAAAUAUACAUAAAUCACAACUUUUAUAAAUCUGGUUUUCUCUUUAAUCGUAUUCUGCUAAUGUAAAUUUAUUUAACUGCAGUAAGAAGUGUAAUUGAUAUAUUUAGUAGUUUGAGACCAAGCAAAAGUGUAUAAAUGGCUAUCCAAAACCAAUCUAAUAUAGUUUUUUUUUUUUCAUAAAUCUUUACAAUGCAAAACAGUUUUGCCAUGCUUAAAUAUAGAAAGACAAUAGCUAAAAGGUAAGCUUGUCCAAAUGGAAAUAUGUAAAAUAAUGGAAAUUAAUUAAUUAUUAAAUUUGUGUAUAACUAGCUGAACAGUUUAAUUUGAGACUGUAUUUAUAUUAAGUACAAUAAAGUAAUAUAUCUUAUAAAUA